CACCACCAGGCUGUGCCCUUGAUCUGUCAAAAUGCCUGCAACUUUGCUCCAAGGUUUCCUCAGGAGAUCUAGCAACCCCUGUAGAUAUAACAUCUAUAUUCUUCUUCUGGUCACUGAUUGAAAUCUUACUAUAUCUUGUAUUACAAUGAAGUCCAUGGAGGAUCAAGUUGUGCAGGAAGAACCAGGAUUCCAGGAUGAUGAGGAGUCCUUUUUCCAGGACAUCGACCUGCUACAGAAGCAUGGAAUUAAUGUGGCUGAUAUUAAAAAGCUGAAAACAGUGGGAAUUUGUACAAUCAAAGGAAUUCAGAUGACAACUAGGCGGGCACUAUGCAAUGUUAAGGGACUCUCAGAAGCCAAAGUGGAGAAGAUAAAAGAGGCAGCCAACAAACUUAUAGAACCAGGAUUUUUGACAGCUUUUGAGUACAGUGAGAAACGUAGGAUGGUGUUCCAUAUCACCACUGGAAGUCAAGAAUUUGAUAAACUCUUGGGUGGUGGAAUUGAAAGCAUGGCAAUUACUGAAGCCUUUGGGGAAUUCCGAACCGGCAAAACUCAGCUUUCCCACACUCUUUGUGUAACAGCCCAGCUUCCUGGAACGGAUGGCUAUACUGGUGGGAAGAUUAUUUUCAUUGACACAGAAAACACCUUCCGUCCAGACCGUCUUCGUGAUAUUGCUGAUCGCUUCAAUGCAGACCAUGAUGCAGUUCUUGACAAUGUAUUAUAUGCACGGGCAUAUACAAGUGAACAUCAGAUGGAAUUGCUUGAUUAUGUUGCUGCCAAAUUCCACGAGGAGCCAGGAAUUUUCAAACUAUUGGUAAUUGAUUCCAUUAUGGCGCUAUUCCGCGUGGACUUCAGUGGUCGUGGGGAACUGGCUGAAAGGCAACAGAAGCUUGCUCAGAUGCUGUCAAGGCUUCAAAAAAUAUCAGAAGAAUAUAACGUGGCUGUGUUUGUAACUAACCAGAUGACUGCUGACCCGGGAGCAACAAUGACGUUUCAGGCUGAUCCCAAAAAGCCCAUUGGGGGCCACAUCCUCGCUCAUGCUUCUACAACUAGGAUUAGUUUGCGUAAAGGAAGAGGAGAGUUGCGUAUUGCCAAGAUAUAUGAUAGCCCAGAAAUGCCUGAGAAUGAAGCCACAUUUGCAAUAACUGCCGGAGGAAUUGGAGAUGCUAAAGAAUAGGCAGAACCUUGGUGGUGAACAAAGGAAGGCACACCCACAAGCUAAAUCGUGUCUAAAGUUAGUUAAUUCCUGGUUACUUUUGUUCCAAAUCCAGAGUGUUUUAAUUUCUAAACACUUGUUGACAUUAUCACUGGGAAUGUUGUGAUCUUUUGGAAUUGUAGAGCAGGUUGGCUCUAUUAAGUUGGUAAACUGGUCACGGUCAACCUCUGAAACCUGUAUGGCUGAGCUUUUUGCAUGCCGACACAGAUUUUGUGCAAGGUGGCAACUGGCUUGCUACAACUUAUGUGUCAAUACAAAGCAAUUUCAAUAGGCUGAGAGGCACCCAGUGGGUAUGAGAAUUAAGGCUUACAAAAUGCUUAGAAAUUAUUUUAAAGAGAUGUUGUUAAUUGUUUGUUGCCCUUUUUAAAACGGAUGUUUCUGUCGCAAAAAAACACACAUUCCACCUCAAGGACAUAACACCCAACACUGUUUACACUGCCAAGGGCUGCCUACCUAUGUCCUUGAAGUCUUACAAUAUUUGCAUGUAGAAUGGAACAUAAUAGCAUGGAAUGCCACUGAGAAUAAAAUAGUAUUUAUUAACUGCCCAGCAUUUUAAAAAGUAUGCUUGUCACUGGAGCCUCCAGAUAAAGCACAAGCUGAUGUAUAGAAAAAUGGAAAUGGUUUCUGCUAGAGGAAUAGUAGAAUUGUUUAUAAAGUUGUUUUUAUGAGUCUUGACAGCUCUAUUUAACUGAAACGAAAUUGUUCAUGCUUGCAUUUUUAAUAAAAUGUAGCAGUUGCUAGCUUUUUCAUCCGUGAAAUGCAUUAAACUACUUUUUCCCCAUUUGUUAUGUGGGUAACAAGUGGAAGCUGCCUCCCAAUAAGUUUAUUCUAAUUGUCUUAUUCUUUCUAUGUAAUCUGUGCCACUGACAGCAUAUGUGUCAAGGAAUUCUCUGCAUCCAGCAAUGCCAAACAUAAUCAAAAGGUGAUGUUGAACAUCUCUGAACACA